GCAUGUUCCAGUCGUCGUCAGUUCUUCAACAACCCCAAUAUUUUGUAUGGUUCGCCGCUGGGCGCUGAUAGCAAAAUCUAAUCAAAAAGUAGGCGAAAUUUUGACAGGCAGUCACAAGUUGUUAGUUUAACUUUAUCUUUUAUCUUAAGAAGGAAAUACCUUUAAGCAAUCAUCUCUCUGCCUGGGUUUAUUAAAUGGUGCUGGACGACUGGUGAAAACUAGUUCAUAAUUUAUCUGGGGAUGGAGGACGAGUUGGAUGCAACCACCAAGGGGGACGUGGAUGACGAGCAGGCAAGCACUGCCUCCCUCAAAAGCAACUCCGUUCACGAUAUCCUUGCAGAUGAAGAUGAGGAAGAUAAGCCGAUUGACGAUGACGAGUUUAAUAUACCUCCAGUGGACUUUGAACCGACAUUGGAAAGUAUUUUAAAUGAUGUGGACAACCAGAGUUUGAGCGAGGACGAAGUUGGUCACCAUGAAAGUGGGACGACGCAGCAACCUCAGUUGGUGUUGGAACAAAUUGGACUGACUCCCGAUGGAAGUGACACUGUGUCAAUCGUUUCUCGAGGAUCAGGAGGAGAUAACCGGAGUAGAACAUCUAGUCGAAGCAUGCGAAAUAACAAAACCCAUCCUCAGAAUAAACGGAAACCAAGCUCAAUUCUAAGACAUGUGUUACUCAAAGGAAUGACAUCUAGUUUAGCAUCUGCUUCGGAGAAAAUCGACUCUGGAACUGCUACGGCGGUGGCAAUGGGGAACCUCAUCACAGUAGGAACUUCACACGGAUAUGUGCUAGUUUUUGACUCUAUUCAAAAUUUUAAAUGGUGUCUCGGUGAAUCUCAUUUUCGUGAAGAGGGAGGAUCUGUUAGCAGCCUUGCUGUUAGCGGAAAUGGGGCACGUCUCUUGGUUGGGUUCGCCAAAGGAUUAAUUCUCAUGUACGAUUUGGAGAAUGGAAAAUUGUUGAGAACAAUGCAUGAUGCUCAUGCCCCUGGUACAGCGGUGUUAAUCUUGCGCUUUACGGAUGACCCAGCUUUGGCACUUUGUAGCGACAGUGGUGGGAGUGUCUUUGAACUAUGUUUCAAACGAACCAUGGGAGUCAGAGGCUGUGACUCGAGGUGCAUCUUCUCAGGAAGUCGAGGUGAAGUUUGCACGUUUGAACCCGUUCUCCUUGCGGGUUAUGCCGACAAUCCCUUGAAGAAAUUUGUGAUAGUUGCACUUGCCACUUUAUCGAAAGUUCUCGUGGUAGUACUGCGACCAAAACUGAAAGUGAUUUUUACUCAUCCAUUAGCGAGCGACCCAACCACUCUUCCAAUUGUGCAAUGGCAAAUGGUUAUCAUUCAGACCUCACAAAACGAAAAAAUUGUUGAUCCAGUUUUAACGUUUGCCCGUGAUAACAUGAUAUACUUUUAUCAGAUGACACUUGGAGCUAAGAACAAUAUAGAACUUCUUCCCUUACAAAAAGUUAAUAUUGGCUAUCAACUUAUUGGGCUGCAUUGGCUCAAUUCAAGAACUAUUGCUUUAUUGGACACAAGAGAAACCUUGCAUGUUCUUGAUGUUAGGUCACAAGAAGAAUUAGAAAUUAUCGACUUGUCACAAGUCCACCUCGUGUAUGCCAACAGUCACUUCAAAGGUUUAGCUACUGGUGGAAAUGUUAGCAGGGCCUUCGCCUUAGCAGGCGAACGUGCUUGCUAUAAUUCGGUUCUAUGUUUUAACAAUCAAAUCGUUCUUCUGGGAACAAGAUCGGUCCAUGCACUAACAAUGAGAUCCUGGCACGAGAGAUUAGAUUACUUGGUUAAGCAAAACUUUUACACUGAAGCACUGCAGCUCGGCUAUGAGUUGUACUUGGAGAAAGCAAAAGCUAUCAUUGGGCUAAAGGGGAACAAAGAUUCUAAAAAGCUGAUAGUUAGAGAGAAGCUUUUGUACAUUUUAGAACGGUUUGUUGAUCUCAUUUCAUCACUAAACUAUUUGGAGGAUUUAAACACAGCCAUGCAGAAUUAUAAAGAAACAAUUUAUUGCGCUGUAAACUACUACGUUCGUCUUGACUGCAGGGACCCAAUAUUUGCUAAGCUGUACGACAUUUGUCAAUGCAAUCCAUUAAGUAGCACGGCGUACCUCGAGUCUCUGGAACCCUUCAUAUUAAAUGAUCAACUCCGAGCUGUUCCACCUGGAAUUGUCAAGGACUUGUUUGUUCAUCUGGAAGAACUUGGAAAAUAUCAGGCUUUGGAAGCAUGUAUAGUCCACCUGAACGUGGAGUCUUUGGACAUUCAUCAAACAAUGAAAAUUUGUUGGACUCAAGGGUUAUACGACGCCAUCAUUUAUAUAUUCAAUGAUGGGAUGAAAGAUUAUAUCGAACCAUUCGAAAGCCUCAUGACUGAACUUCAGAGUGCAUUAGAAGCAGAGACUGAAUUAACAAAUGGACAAAUUUCUCUGGGAAAUAAGAUUCUGGUUUAUGCGUCCUGCUGUUUGACUGGAAGGGCGUAUCCUUAUGGAGACAUUCCAAUCGACCUUGUGGAGAAAGUACAUUCCGAUAUCUUUAGGUGCAUCACAACUCUUCACACUCGUAACUCCUCUGAAAGUGAAGUUGCAUAUCCGUAUCUAAGAUGUCUUUUAAAAUUUGACACCCGAGAGUUUCUAAAUGUACUAUCCUUAAGUUUUGAGGAAGCAAUAUUUCAGACGGAACUCGGGAAGAGACAAAAGCAGAGAAUGGUUGACAUUCUACUUCAAGUUAUGGUCGAACAAGGCAAUUUUACACCGACUCAAGUUGGGAUAUUAUUCACAUUCUUAGCGCGACAAAUGGCAAAACCGGAUAGUAGUUUGUAUGUUAGUAAGCUUCUGUUUGAACAGGUCUUGGAACAUUUGACAAGCGCAAAAGAAGGAAACAGAGUUGAUGAAAGGCAGCAGGCUCUGAUUGAAUUGUUGCAAGCUGGUGGAAUUCAGCAUUUUGAUUACAAUAAACUCUUGGAUAAAUGCUUGCAUGCCAAAUUCUAUCGUGUUUGUGAAAUGCUCUAUGAAAGAAGACAGGAAUAUUCCAAAAUUAUUGAAUGUUACCUGCUCGAUGCAGGUCGAUCUGGACAAGUUUUUUCAUACAUACACAAAAUGUUCUGCUUAUUUCCCAACAAGAAGGGAGAAUUUCAGCAGAGCAUAAAACAUCACUUGGAGGAAAUGAUUGAUAUUGACAACAAAAAAACUGCACAGCUUGUGUACCUACAUUCCACGUCUACAAUGCCAGAACUAGUAAAAUCCUUGGAGAAUAGACCUGAGAAACAGUAUUUAUUUUUACAAGGGGCAUUUGCCAUGAGAGAUCAAAAUCAAGGAGGUAUUCACGUGGACACAGUAACGACUGAAAGAUACAUUGAGUUAAUGUGCAGAUUUAGUCCACAACUAGUUUAUCCAUUCUUAAAAUCCGCAGAAUCGUAUAGAAAUGAACAAGUGAUGGAUAUUUGCAAAAAGUACAAACUCAUUGAAGCAAUUGGAUACCUAUUGGAAAAAGAUGGGCAACUUUUUCAAGCAUUCGAACUUAUGAAAGAUCAAUUCAAAGAAAAACUAAACACGAUUUUGGAUAUAAUUGAUAACAAUCCGAACGCAACGGCAGAUGAAGAUGCAGCUAUUACAAGUAUAAUUCAGUGGACUCAGCUUCAAGCUCUGUUUGUAGUCAUCAUUCAGUUCUCACAAAGAAAUUCUCAGAAACUUGUGGCAGAAAAGAGAGAAGAGCUAUGGCUCCCUUUGUUAGAAUUAGUCAUUGGAGCCUACAACAAGUUCCAAAAGCGGAGUAAAAUAUGCUCGGCGUUUAAUGACAUGGCUAAACACCUUCUAAGUAGCAUGAUGGGUCACGUCUCGCUCCCUACCAUUGUUGAGAUAGUGAUGAAUGAUCCAUCUUAUCAAAAAGCAACAUUUGCGGAAGUUCGAGAUCUUGUGAUGGGUAUGCUAGAAACUUGCACAUAUGAAGACACGAUGGUUAAUCUGGUGAAACAAGUGACACAGAGUGAUUUGCAUGGGAAACUAGCUUCGCAAUUAAGAUACUCAAAGAAAGGAUUUUCACCAAAAGGAAAAAGCUGUUUUUCCUGUCAUAUGCCUCUCAACUCAACUUCAUCAGACAAGGAAGAUAUUGAUGUGGUGGUUUUCCAUUGUGGUCAUUCGAUUCAUCAUCAAUGCGCCAUAGAACACGAACUCACAAACUGUAGUUUGUGUCAAUCGAACCAAGAUCGUCCGUCGUCUAGCGGUCCAGCGAAAGACAUUACUUUUAAUAUUCCCAACAAAUCAGCACAUUUUGAAUUUGAAAGUUCUGCGAGUGAAAAUGGGCACCAAUUUCUUAGUCAUUCCGAGUUCGAACUACAAUUGGAAGCGAAGUUUAAACUUAGUUUAGAAGAAUUUUGAAUGUCUCAAUUUAAUCUGCACUUUUAUCGUCAUACAAAAGCUAUAGUGUUACAUAAUUGCUACAUAUUUACUUGUUACCAAAAACAAUGUUUAAAUGACAUUUUUUAAAUUAAAGAAUAUAGAUAAUACCACCAAUCAA